AUGCAUCGUGUGCGAGUCGUGCAUGCCUCACCUUCGUCUGCGGCGGAGAGAGGAUGGGUUGGCAAAAUAUCUCGCGAGCCCUGGUCGCCUCCAGUUUCCCUUCCCUCUCUCCAAUCUCUCUUGAUCUACUACCGCCGCCGCCGCCUCCUCUCGGUUUCUGAUGCUGCCACUCCGACGAAGAUCACCGCGCCGCUAGUUCUUAGAUCCCGGGAGAAGGGGAACAGCAGCCGCGCCAGGCGGCAUGCCUCGUCCGAGCCGCAUGGUGGCCAACACAUCGACGGUUUCAAGGCCGGUCCUGGGCGGCGCCUCGUCAGCGUCGUGGAUGGAUCGGGCAGCGCCUUGGCAUUCCAGAGGGGCGAAGUGGGCCGGCCAGCAUACGUGGGGCGCAAAGGUCACGAGCAGGAGGGAGAUGCGCUGGAGGUGAUGGAGAAGGAAGUCGGAGGCGGCAUCAGCGUCCAUGGCGACGCCACCCCAGGAACCCUUCUGCACACCUCGGCAUGGCUCGUCCGUGCCACAUGGUGGCCGAGAUGCUGGAGUGGAUCAAGAGCGGACCGUAGCAGCAGGAGCAAGGAUCUGGUGGUGGUUCAUGAUAUUGGACUGCAUUACUAA